AGCAGAUCUCUCAUAAUCACUGACCACUCUUCCAAAAACCAGAGUCCUUCCUUCAAAUGGCUUCCGAUGGAAUCCUCUUGGGCAUGGGCAACCCUCUCCUCGACAUUUCUGCUGUUGUCGAUGAAGAUUUCCUCAACAAAUAUGAGAUCAAGCUAAACAAUGCUAUCCUUGCUGAAGACAAGCACUUGCCAAUGUAUGAAGAAAUGGCUAGCAAAUACAAUGUAGAAUAUAUUGCUGGAGGUGCUACCCAAAAUUCAAUAAGAGUUGCUCAGUGGAUGCUUCAAAUUCCUGGUGCAACAAGUUAUAUGGGCAGUAUUGGAAAGGAUAAGUUUGGAGAGGAGAUGAAGAAAAACUCAAAGCAAGCUGGUGUCAAUGUUCAUUAUUAUGAGGAUGAGACUGCCCCAACUGGGACAUGUGCUGUUUGUGUUGUUGGUGGUGAGAGAUCACUUAUCGCAAAUUUGUCAGCUGCAAAUUGUUACAAAUCUGAGCAUUUGAAGAGACCAGAAAAUUGGGCGUUAGUUGAGAAAGCAAAAUAUAUCUAUAUUGCUGGAUUUUUCCUUACUGUCUCUCCUGAGUCCAUUCAACUUGUUGCUGAACAUGCAGCUGCACACAACAAGGUCUUCUCAAUGAAUCUUUCUGCUCCAUUCAUUUGUGAGUUCUUCAAGGACGCCCAGGAGAAAGUUCUACCGUAUAUGGACUAUGUCUUUGGAAAUGAGACUGAAGCCAGAACCUUUGCGAAGGUUCAUGGUUGGGAGACUGAUAAUGUUGAGGAGAUUGCUUUAAAGAUCUCUCAGUGGCACAAAGCAUCAGGGACACACAAAAGAAUUACUGUUAUCACGCAAGGUGCUGAUCCUGUUGUGGUUGCUGAGGAUGGGAAAGUGAAAUUAUUCCCUGUGGUAUUGUUACCCAAGGAAAAGCUGGUAGAUACUAAUGGGGCAGGGGAUGCAUUUGUUGGUGGAUUUUUGUCACAGCUAGUGCAAGAGAAGCCUAUUGAAGAGUGUGUGAGAGCUGGAUGCUAUGCAGCAAAUGUGAUUAUCCAGAGGUCAGGUUGCACAUAUCCAGAGAAGCCUGAUUUCAGUUAAGCUCACGUUCAUCGGCCUCCCCUUUGCAAUUUUAUAUUUGUCCAAGAGAGCAUUGUCUUUUUUAAGUUUUAUUGCAGCGGCUCACAUUAUUUUCUCCUGAACCCAUAUAUUUUGGUAGAGGAGAUGUUUGUUUGCUUUUACUAUUGUAUUCUAUCUGGUAGUCAUCCUUGUUCGCUGAGUGGAUGACAGUAUCAGUUUGUGUUGCCCACAAGAUGGUUUUUCACUCGGUACUGAAUGGAGAACUUGUUUUGGCUGGGAUGAGUAUGAUUA